UGUGCUCUUGGCCAAAUAAGAAUUAUACUUGCAAUAAAUGUAAUCUCAACUGAUACAAUAGAUGUUCAAAAUGUAACCUCUACUAAUACAAUAGAUAUUCAAAACAUAAUUUCUACUAAUACAAUAGAUAUUCAAAAUGGAAUCUUUAUUGACUCUGUGACUUCAUUAUCCAUACUAGUAUCUCCUCCUGCUGACAACACCACCACUGCUACAGCCACAAGUUCAACAACAUUUUCAAGAAAUACUUUGGUGGUUUGA